AUGGAUAUAAAAUACUUCCCCGCCAGCACGUACUGCGACUCCAUUGUCCGCUUCCUCGAUGCCAUCGAGUACCAUGACGACAACCUGACACACAAUGAGCGGGCCGAAGGCCUUCGGCGUGUCCAUUCCAAGACUGCACAGUACUUUACUGAGCCUCUUCCAAGGUGCAUCCUCAAAGAUGUUGCUCCCCGCCGAAUAGCCGCUGUCACGCGGACCAUCUCGCAUUUCGUUGUCUAUUGUUGGAGUAAAAUACCCCGUGAAGCCCAAGUAGACGUCUCUAUCUAUCUCUCCAUUAUCAAUGUCCUAGACGACGAGAUCAGCAGCGAGCCCAGCACCCAGAUGGCCACCUUCUGGACAGACCUUAUCCGGGGCAAGCAACAGAAGCACCCCUUCUGGGUGCUGUUCAACUCCCACCUGCCCCGUCUCCUAAGACACUACGGCAGCUUUUGCGCCUUCAAUAUCAUGCGCUGCACAUUCGAUUACUUCGAAGGAUGCUGGCUCGAGCAACACAACUUCCAGGGCUACCCCGGCGCCGACCGCUACCCAUCUUUCCUCCGCCGGUUAAGCUGCCUCGGCGGCGCUGUCGCCGGAACCAUUUUCCCCGCCGCCCACUUCGACCACCAAAAGCUCUUCAAGGAGAUGUCUUUCGUGAUGGCCCAAAUGGACGGACCUGUUGCCCUCAUGAACGAUCUUUUCUCCUUCUACAAAGAAUACGACCAGGACGAAGCCAACCUGGUCACCAACUGGUGCACCGUGGACGGAGUCACCAUGGACCAGGCUCCCGUCCGUCUCACGGACGACACGAUCCACGCCUGUGUGCGCAUUUUGGAAGUACUAAAGGACAAAGACCCCGCCAUGCUGACGACCAUCCGCGGGUUCAUCCACGGGUACGUAACGUGGCACAUCUGCGACUUCAGGUACAGAAUGCGGGAGAUCUACGAGCGUGACGAUCUAGACGCCGCGGGCACCAAGUUCCGCGCUUACUUUGACAAGGCGAUCGAUGUGGGGUGGGUGGAUACUGAGGAGUGGACCUGCCAAGUCCAGGGCUUUGAAGUCGACGGGCCGGCCCCGAAAGGAUCUGAGAUACAGGCGUAUCGGUCCAGCGCUUUUGCAUUCUCUGUCGAUACGUCUGGAUACCACAGCAAGGACUACGUGGGGAGUUCGAUAAUUGGUAUGUUUCAGUGGGUGGCGCGGUAUGUGAGGGGAAAAUCUCGCUAG